UAUAAGUGGGCAGCAGGAGAUGGGACAGAGCUGGUGAUGGCGUUUCCUUGUCACCCUGAUACGAAGUAGUCCGUGUGAUGUCAGCUAAAUGUAAGAGAGUGAUCUCGCGCUGAUGAGGACGUCCGCUUCCAAAAUGUGACAGAGCAGUCACGCUGCUAUCUCCGAAUACAUCUGCAGUCGCUUUACAAAAAGGAGGCGAGGACAGGGCUGCUGGUCGGCUGCUCACAUCAAGUUUGGUACACAAAAUGACAAGUUCUCUUCCUUUGGGAACGGUGAUGUCUUGCCCACGAUUAGACAGCGGUAGGAACGGAGGGUCCGCCGCCCCAAAAGCCCUGGCCUUCUCCAUUGACCGGAUCAUGUCUAAGACCUCGGAACCCAAGGGCAAUUCGGAUGAGCGGCGAGGAGUGGGGUCUUCGGAAGGAAAGAGGAUGCUAGGACUCUGCUCACCUAUACCGUGCAUGAUUCCCCUGCAACCUUUUAGCUACGACUUACAAGCCAAGGCGCUGAUGAACUACUCCGAAUUUUGGAAAGCUAAUUUCAGGGGAACAUUAUGCACUUCUGCUGCGAUGUGCAAAGCCAACUGCGGAAUGUGUGGCAAAACGGACUUGGGGUUGAAGCACUCUUUAUUACCCGGGAGCAGGGUGAUUAAACCCCAAGUCAUCCAUCAGGCGGUGGCGAUGCCCACCAAUGGCUCUCUUUACUAUUUCAACUACCUGGACUCUGCAUACCACCAGUCUGAGCUGCUAACCGGACAUUUGUUUUCCUCGGCCCUGGCCAGCUCUCAAGCCCAGGCCAAUCUCAGUACGCAUCAGAAACUGCUACUGCUGGAGAACGCCAAACUCGCCAACGUUUCGGCUGAGAAAUUUCCGACACCUCAGUACCCACACAAGGAGCAUCUCCCAGGCCAACUCGACCAGAUUGUGAAGGAAAACCAUAGCCUUAGCUCGGAGAAAAAUGGAGUGAAAGUGCACACCAAGCUCAACAACAGCUCAAUGGACGGAAAACCCAAAAACUUCACAUGCGAAGUGUGUGGAAAGGUGUUCAACGCUCAUUAUAAUUUGACACGACACAUGCCAGUGCACACCGGCGCUAGGCCGUUCGUGUGUAAAGUGUGCGGGAAAGGAUUCCGCCAGGCCAGUACAUUGUGCAGACACAAAAUCAUUCACACACAGGAAAAGCCUCAUAAAUGUAACCAGUGUGGGAAGGCGUUCAACAGGAGCUCAACGCUGAAUACUCACAUACGAAUACACGCGGGGUACAAACCAUUCGUUUGUGAAUUCUGUGGGAAAGGAUUUCAUCAGAAAGGAAAUUACAAGAACCACAAGCUGACGCACAGCGGUGAGAAACAGUACAAGUGUUCCAUCUGUAACAAGGCCUUCCAUCAGAUCUACAACCUAACCUUCCACAUGCAUACGCACAAUGACAAAAAGCCCUUCACGUGCGGGACUUGUGGGAAAGGCUUCUGCAGAAACUUUGACCUGAAAAAACACAUAAGGAAGUUGCACGACAAUUACUCAUGUAGGCCCGUAUCUACGUCGACCGAUUCUUCCAGGGGACCCCAAAGUUGAGUUUUUCCAUUCCAUUUCCAUUGACAGUUUAUUAUGACUGCACCAUGCAGUGCACAUUUAAAUUUUUCUUCAGUUUUCAGUUAGUAAAGAAAACAUCAAAUGACAGCUGAAAUAAGUAAAACUGAAUUUCAUUAAAAAUAGGAAAACCUUAACGCAUAAAACAUCGAAACGAUGGGCAAUGAUUGGCUAGAAUGCUCUCAGACCCGCCUUGUAGUAAUAUUUACGCACUGUCUUCACGAUGAUCAUCCUCUGCACAAACUAUUCUACUUCUGAAAAAUGAAAAUAGGCUAUACCUACGAGGGAAAUGGUUCUGGCAGGAGCUGUAGGUUUGUAUAAAGUACUAAAGUAUGUGAUUUAAUUAUAACAUCGGGAAAAGGCUAUUGAGUAAAUAUGCUAGUGCAAUGGCGGUCUGUUUUAAUUAAACGGUGGAUAGCCUGAAUUAAGACAGUUUUGUAUUUUAAGUUUAUAUUACUUCAUAUGAAAAAAUAUAAUUAUAAACCUAAUGAGGCGCACUGACGAAUUUUGCACUGUUGCACUGCCGUAAAUCUGAACCUGAAUGGAAUCAUGUCAUAUGCCUAAAUAUUUAUGAACUAUUUCAUGACAAUUUGUAAAUGGGAAAAUUCAGGAAGAACUGUUUUCCGUUUUUUUUUAUUGCA